GUUGAUUGAGAGGGAUAAUGAUGACGCAUAGUAUGGCUGAUAAAGAACAACUCGACUUGAUGGACCAUACAAAGACUGAAAGUGAAAUAGUUGGUCCUGUACUAGAUGUAUUAGACGAUAAACAACCUUCUCCUUCUUGGUAUUCACGUAUCACUUCCUGGUUCUCUUUCCAAUCCAUAUCUGCCACCAAAGCCAAUCUAUUUGGAUGUAGUUUGGGAUUCAUCAGUACAGGCUAUCAAUACAACGUUAUUUCUCUUCUCAACGUAAUUUGGAGUAUAGAAUAUAGCCAAUAUUAUACUCAAUCAGUGGAAACCAGAGUAAACAACGCACUAUUAUAUGGAGUUUUAGUUGGACAGUUAUUGUUUGGGGUUAUUGCCGACUACUUUGGAAGAAAGGUAUCUUUAUUGAUCACUUCCACUUUGAUUAUUAUGGGAGCUAUAAUAGCUACAGCUGCUAAUGGAGCCAAUGGUUCUAUUCAAGGUCUAUUUUGGGCUCUUACUAUUGGAAGAGGUCUUAGUGGUGUUGGUUCUGGAGGAGAAUAUCCGUGUUGUAUGCCAACAAAUAGUGAAGAUGGAGAUUCACUAUCGGUGGAGAAGAGAGGAAGAAGGAUUGCCUUAUUAGGGCCUUGUAUAGAAAUGGUAUCUGAAAAUGUGGUUACCAUCGUACAAAUCAUUCUUUUGCAUAUAUUUGGUACCCAAGCUUCUCAACUGGAACCUACUUGGAGAAUAUCCAUUGGAUUGGUCAUCCUUCCUACUGCUAUUGUAUUUUUAUUUCGACUUUGUAUGAAAAAUUCUCGUUUAUAUGAAAGAGACAAAGCCAUUCGUCGACGUUUUCCAUUGAUAGUUGUGAUUCGUUCCUUUGGAUGGCGUCUUUUGGGAACUUGUUUGACUUGGUUUCUUAUGGACUCGAUAUACUUUUCCUUUUUAACAUUUGGUGCCGAUAUAUUGGCCAAUGUAACUGGAAGUUCUUUGAUGCAUAUUGCAUAUUAUCAAUUGGUCAAUAUGGCUUGGAUACCGAUGGCUUAUUUGGCAGCUUUUCUGAUCGAUCGAUUGGGAAGAAAGAAUAUUCUCAUGUUUGGAUUCUUUACUUAUGCAGUGACUCUAUUCCUUAUUGGUGGUCUUUAUCCUAUUCUUUAUGGUAAACCUGCUGCUUAUUUAGUGUUGUAUAUCUUUCAAGGAAUGUUUCAAAUCUUAUUGGUCAUUCCUAUUUAUUUGAUACCUUCUGAAGUAUAUCCCACAGUCAUUCGUUCCACAUGUUAUGGUAUAUCCGCAGCUUUUGGAAAAGUGGGUGGUAUUGUCGGAGUCCAAUUCUUUUUGCCCAUAGCCAAUGCCUUUUCUUCCUCUCAAUCAGGAUAUAGAGCUGACUUUUUAGUUGCAGGAGGUAUUGCUUGUGUUGGAUUGGUAGCAACUUAUUUCUUAAUACCUGAUUUAACUAAAAUAUCUUUGGAAAAGGAAGAUGAUAUGUUUUGGAAAUCGGUAGAUGAAUACGAUAACAACAACAACAAACGACACAACAGAAAUGGAAGUUGUGAUUGAAUUGAUAAUCAAGAGAGAAUGAAGAACCACUUGUUGUCUACUUGCACUACUAAGAAUAGUAGUCAUAGUGUACUUACUGUUGCUCG